GGCCGCCACUCGCCGCCGCGUCGGAGGGGCCGGCGGGACCGGACCGGGCUGGGCCGCGCUGCGCCGCGCCACAAAGGCCGCAGCAUGGUCCUGGUGCACGUCGGCUACCUGGUGCUGCCCGUCUUCGGCUCCGUGCGCAACAGAGGUGCUCCUUUUCAAAGGUCUCAGCAUCCCCAUGCUACCUCCUGCCGGCACUUCCACCUGGGUCCCCAGCCUCAGCUCUCCACCGACUUCACCCUGCCUCACGCGGUGCAGCCCCAGCCGGGGCUGACCCCCCACAUGGCCCCCGCGCACCAGCACAGCGGCCCCCUGCACCAGCCCCUGGCGCCGGUGCCAGCCCUGCCCUUCCAGGACGUGGCCGGACCCUCCUUCCUACCUCAGGCGCUUCACCAGCAAUACCUCCUCCAGCAGCAGCUCCUCGAGGCACAGCACCGCCGGCUCAUGCCUCAUCACAGGCGGGCUCAAGAGCGCAUGUCCGUUCAGCCUCACCGUCUACACCCCAGCUUUGACUUCAGCCACCAACUGCAAACUCCACAACCCAUGGGGCCCCAGCCCAGGUAUUUAGCUGAAGGCACAGACUGGGACCUCAGUGUCGAUGCGGGACUGACUCACACCCAGUUCCAGGUCCGGCCGGUCCCUCAGCCCUAUCAGCAUUACUUAGCUACACCUCGCAUGCACCAUUUCCCCAGAAGCACAUCCUCAACGCAGAUGGUUGUUCACGAAAUCAGAAAUUACCCUUAUCCUCAGCUUCAGUUACUUGCUCUUCAGGGACUGAACACAAGCAGGCACACGUCCGCUGUGCGGGAGAGCUAUGAAGAGCUGCUGCAGCUGGAGGACAGGCUGGGCAGCGUGAGCCGGGGUGCUGUCCAGAACACCAUCGAGAGGUUCACCUUCCCCCACAAGUACAAGAAGAGAAGACCGCAGGAGGGCAAAGCUGAGCAAGAAGAUGGAGAAGAGUCAGACACUGAUGAGAAAUGCACAAUCUGUUUGUCCAUGCUUGAAGAUGGAGAAGACGUCAGGCGGUUGCCCUGUAUGCAUCUCUUCCACCAAGUGUGCGUGGACCAGUGGCUGGCCACCAGCAAGAAGUGCCCAAUCUGCAGGGUGGACAUUGAAACACAGCUCGGCUCGGACAGCUGAAAGGACUGGCUGGACACACCAUUUUCCUUACCAGGUCAUAUGGCCAUAAACCCUUGCAGCAAAAUUUUUUGCCUUCUGAGCCAUUUGAUUGAGAGGAAAAGUCUGCAGGCACGUUAGUGAGGAGGAGGUGGCAGUACAAUAUCUAGCGGUAGGAGAUACUGCACAUACGCAGGAUACGGGCCCGGUGAAAGGGAGCUGGCAUUCCCGGAGCUCAGAGACCCCGUGCUGCAGAAGAUUUAGUGUUGAACAUGAAGGAACUAGUUGUGGUAGUCUGGCCUGUCAAUCCUGCAUUUCAUGAGGAUUGUAUAUAUACCUCUCGAAUACGUAGAAACAUGUUAGGGGUCCUUUAGCUAUUUCUAUGGAUGGCAGCUGGAGCAUGUUAGCUUAAGAAAUGUUGUGUUUGAUGCCCUACUCAUCUUGUGGUGGACAUGUUGCUGUUACCUAAUUUGCACCAAAUAUUUUUUCAUAGAUUUCUUAUUUUGGUGCCUGAUUAAUACAUUGCAAAGGGGAAUAAAGAGGUCAAGCUUUCCCACCCUUCUGGGGAAGAGGCGAAAAAGCAAAAUCCUGUUUACAGUCAGAAGGGUUGUGCUCUUUGCCUCAGCCACGUGCACUUGAGUUUACAGUGUGUUGCAAAUUUAGGGAAGCUUAAAAAAAUAAAAAUUGGGAAUGAAAUAAAUGAAGCAAUAGGGAGAAGCUUCAUUCCUGCUUAUCUGCUGGUGCUGGAUGCUUUCUGUAGGGGGACAAUAUUGGAGUAGAUGCUGUUUCUCUGCUUUCUGUAUCUUAACAAUGUAGCAUGGCAUAUCAAAAUCCAAGGAAAGGCUGUCUUCAUGAUUGCCAUUGUCCAUGAUGCUUUCUCCUGUGAGUUGUGAGGCUGGUUGGCUUCAGCAGCCGCUGCCAGCACUGGUCCAAAAUGAUGGUUACUGGAGUCAGCGCCUAUAGCUGUGCUUUGGGGUACAAUAACGCCGGAGAGGUGCUAGGAGAUGUGCACUGCCGAUUCCUCUCCCAUGCAAAACCAUCUCUGAUGACAGGACGGGAGAAAACUCACUGCUCACAAGGCACUUCUGAGGCCAUGAGCAUGUUGGUGCAGGAGGGGAAGGCAGAUUGGAAGGGGGUUUUGCUGCUUUCUGGAGGGCCUGGGUUGCAACACUGCCUCAACGCGUGUGCACCCGCACCCGCGUUCGUUUGUUUCAGGACGUAUGUGUGUGGAGAACGGGGUGGUUGUUCAAGUGAAACCUAAUUGCAUUAAUGCUCAAAACAGAAUUAGGAGGUAGUCCCCAAAAGAGUGAGCUGUUGCAAUCCAAGCUCCCUCUGAAAUAAAGACCUCAGCAUGCCAACUGCAGGAACUGAGCUGAAAACCCUCUGGACAACCAGCAUUCAAGACCAAAACCCCUUUUUUUUUCUUUGUUUUUUGUUAAAUACUUUUUUUUUUUUUUGGUAUACUAGGGGAGCGAAAGAAAGAUGCCAAGGAGCAAGGGGAAUUAGUCAGAAACAUUAUAUAUUGAAAAUGCUGAUGUGGCGGGGAUGAUUUCUGGCUCCCCUGAGCAUCUGUUUCGCUGGAGCCAAGCAAUGCUCUCCAAGUAGAAACAAUCAUAAAAUAUCAUUGGAGAGAUCAUGGGAUUCCCGUGAGCUGUAAUAGGAAAAAACCAACAUCAGAGGCACCCAAGAGAUUUUUUUUUUUUUUUUUUCCCAACGGGAGAGUGGAGGGAAAGAGGGGAGGCCUGCAGAGUGCAAGGAUGCAGGAUCCCCUCUCUUGCUGUGCCCGUGCAGGUGGGAGGGAGUGGAGGGGGACACAUGGCAGCAUAUACAGAAGAUACAAGGAAGAGAUUCUUUACAAUGGGAGUAGUGAAACACUGGCACAGGUUGCCCAGAGAGGUGGUAGAUGCCCCAUCCCUGGGAACAUUCAAGGCCAGGUUGGAUGGGGCUCUGAGCAACCUGAUCGAGUUGAAGAUGUCCUUGUCCAUGGCAGGGGGGUUGGACUGGAUGACCCAACCCAAACCAUUCCAUGAUUCUAUAUUUGCCAUCCAGCGCAAGCGCUGGCUUCUUAGGGGAUGCAGCAGUCCCAGCCCUGAACAGAGGGCUGCGGACUCCUUGGGUCAGGGAAUGGUCCAUCAAAACCUAUGGGGCUUGCUCCAGCAGCAGCAGAUUGAAGCAGCAUUAAAAAUAAUACUAAUUUACUAAUAAUACGGAGAAGCAAAGCAAGGCUUUGCUGGUAAAAUACACUGUAAGCCGGUCUGGUCUGUCCAGGCGUGAGCUGGGGGCAAAGCAGGGGGAGGAACGGGGUGAUUGGGACCCUGGCUGGCUGGGAAGGGAAGGAGGAGCAUUUCCAAACCGCGUGUUUUCUUAAAGCCUAUGCGAAAGUAUUACUAUUUGCCUAAUGAACAAGCACAGUUUUUAAAAAACAAACAAACAAACAAACAAACAAAAAACCUUGGUGAAGAAAAGCACCAAACUCCCGUGGUCUUGUGUGAGUGACUGAUCCUGAGGUGUGUGCGAAUUCACAGCGUCUGGAGUUGCAUCGGUGUGUCAGGUUCCUUUGCGUUUAAAUAAUUUGUACGAGUAGGUUGUGACAAUAGGGUGAGUCUAAAAACAAAACGAAACAAACAACAAAAAAUCUCUAGGAACAAAACAUUGAUAGUUUACAGGGUUUUGUGAGUUUAAAUGCCUUAUAUUUAACAAUCAUAAUUUAUGACUAACUUGUAGAUAUUGUGGGUUCUUAUUUAAUUAUUUUUAUAGUUGUUUUUUUUGCAUUUUUAAUUAUAAUUUAUUUAUUUAGAAAUUAAUACUAAUUUUUUUUAUUACUCCUAUUACCUCAUUUUUGCAUUGUUUCUGGGAAUGGAAUGCUUUGCAUGCGUCGGUACUUUAAAAAAAAUUAAACAUGGGAUGUGGGGGGUAAUGCUUAUCUUGUCAAAAAAAAAAAGAGAAAAAAAUCAGGGUGUGUGAUUACAAACUGUAUUACUGUGGUGCUGUUACCUUGGAUACAUUCCAUAAAAAUGCAAACCUUUGAUUCUGUAUGCUGUGACAUAGUGGAAAACUGCAAUAUAGUGACUGUGUUUAGCACAUAUAUAUGAAUAUUAUUUGCACUCAUAAUCAAACUCUGGUGAUCCUUUCACUCGCGUCCUUGCGCAUUGAAGGCAAUUAAUGGCCCACUGCAAAACCAAAAUAUUUCGGUCGAUUCCUGCUACCUCCCUGUCCCUGACGCCGCUGCUGAUGCUUUUGUUCUUGCUGCAUGUGUUACCCUGCAAUAACACCCAGCGGGUCCCCGCUACAAGACUGUGCUUGGGGCAAUGCAUGCAUUUAGUGCAAGACUCUGCAAAUUGCCUCAAAAGCUGAGGAAGGAAGCCCAGACGUGGUGGCUCUGUUCAGUUUUCGGUGCCUAGCGGUGCUCGGUCUGGCUCUUUUCACCCUCUGUGCAUGCACCCAGCUGGGCACUGCAGGGAGGGUGAAGGAGGCAAUUGAUUGAGCCUGAACUUGGAGGCAACAAAACCAAGGGAUUAAUUGCAAUUUAUAAGGGUUGACACCUGGUCUAGCUGAGAGGAACUGGGAGCGAUUUGGGAUCCCUUUGUAAUGCCUGGCCAUGAGUAUUUGCUAUACCGAGUUGUAAAACACACACGGAGCAGAAUCCCUCUUCUUGAAAACCUUCCAGUUGGUUUGGUCCCCGCUGUUGAGGGGGAAACCUCAACUUGAAGAUUUUUAAUCCACUGUAGAGCUGGGACCUGCACCAGAGCCCUCGUGCCCCAAGGAGGGGACCAGCCCCGAGCUGACAUCCCACUCCUGCAGCAGCAGCCAAGCAUCCCCAGCCCCAGCUCCAUCCCCAGCUCCAUCCCCAGCCCCAGCCCCAGCUCCAUCCCCA